ACUUCCGGAUUGGCUUUUGUGUUGGUAAAUAGACUUCCAUCCCGAGCUUCUGCCAAAAUAACACCAAAAUAGGUUCCAAUAUGGCCAAGGUUCGCCAGGCAACACAUGCUGGAAGUUGGUAUUCCAGUGAUGGAAAAGAAUUAGAUUCUCAGCUCACCUCAUGGUUGUCUAAGGCUUCUGUGUGUCAGGCACCUGCUCGUGCCAUCAUAGCACCUCAUGCUGGUUACUACUACUGCGGAGGAUGUGGUGCCCAUGCCUACAGACAGGUCGAUCCCAGCAGAGUGCGUCGUGUGUUUAUCCUCGGGCCGUCCCAUCAUGUCCGUCUGUCUGGCUGUGCGCUGACUUCUACAGAAAUAUAUUCCACACCUCUAUAUGACCUCACAGUGGAUCAGCAGAUCAAUCAAGAACUCUACGCAACUGGAAAAUUUGAAACUAUGAAGCUCUCUACAGAUGAGGAUGAACAUAGUAUAGAAAUGCAUUUACCUUAUAUAGCCAAAGUAAUGGAACGUCGAAGAGGACAGUUCACUAUCAUUCCAGUUCUCGUUGGAUCACUGUCUACAGAAAAAGAACAGGAGUAUGGCGCCCUGUUCAGUAGAUAUCUCGCAGACCCAGCCAACUUCUUUGUGAUAUCAUCAGACUUUUGUCACUGGGGUCAAAGGUUCCAUUUUGUUUCGUACGACCAGCAGCAUGGAGAGAUUUGGGAGUCAAUCAAGGCCUUAGAUAGCAUGGGUAUGGAAGUAAUAGAAAAGAUGGAUGCUGCUAAGUUUACAGAAUAUCUCAAGAAAUAUCAGAACACUAUAUGUGGACGUUUCCCUAUAGGUGUGCUUCUUAAUGCUAUGAAUACUAUUCAAAGGAAUGGAAAUGGAUUUAAAAUGUCUUUCAAGUUUGUCAAGUAUGAGCAGUCAAGCAAAUGUAAAACCAUGCGAGAUUCGUCUGUUAGUUAUGCAUCUGGUGCUCUUGUUAUCGAGGAUACAAAUCACCAUUAACGUGACAGUGAAUGGAAGAGGCUGGAUCUUUGGAGAGUUUGUGAUGAACAAUGUUUUUGUGAGGAUACUAGUGAUAAUGAUUAAUAGUAUAAUAUAUAUAGAUAGUUAGACACUAGGGGCAUUGGCUGUUGUCCACGGCAUUUAGAUACAUGAUUUGGUAAACACAUAUGUGUGUGCCAUUUCAGGUGUCUCUCAAAUGUUUUGAGCUUCUUUGAGAUCGACACUAACAGUACAACAUAUGUGUGUGCCAUUUCUGGUGUCUCUCGAAGGUUUUGAGCUUCUUUGAGAUAGACACGAACAGUGCAACUUCCUAAAACAGGUCACCUCUUGAUAACAAACGAAAACGAAAAAGCGGAUUUUUUCUUUCUUUCUUUUCAAUAGUAAUAGAAGUAUUCCCAAUACUGAUCCGUCUGAAUUUUGAAUAGGAGUCCAAUUUUGUGUCCAGAAUGGUUAAAAUCUGCCUGAAAGUACUUCAGUAAAUUGGCCUUACCUGAACGAGUACGAUAGGUGCCUGGCCAACCAACUGUGAAGUCACAUGUGGCGAUUGUUGUUGUAAGCUUUGUUAGGGGACUAUUUGCAGACAAAUUCAUACACGAUACGAAAGCUAAUAGUAGAUCAGGCUAUAUUUUGAAAUGCUGUUUCGUUGUCCUUAAUAAGGUCAGUAUGAACUGGUCAAUGUUCAAAUUUAUUAUUAUAAUUCUUAUUUAUAUUUGUAAACUUGUUUCAUUUUACAAUGAAAUAAAUAUCCCUGGUGAUGUCCCAUAAGCUCAGUUGUGCAGCGUCAAGCCAGAUGUAGGUUAGUGCCGAUGAUUACAUUGUGAAAUAAUAAAUGAAAUUAUAUACAUUGUCUUUGUACAAAACUUUUUUAGAUAGUUUUCUUUUCAUAAAUUCUGCAUUCUAUGAAUUCAUUAACUUCCAUUAUAUUAACACUGCUUUAAAGAUACAAAAUGUCGUCCCGAUCAAUAUCAUCCCCGGAUCCUGAUCAGUCAAAAUGGAUCACUUCUUCAAACCAAAUCCUUUCUAAACCGACCAAAUAUUUAUGUAUCGUUCAUGAUCGGUUUAGAGAAGUUCCUCAGUACAAGUAUUUGAGAUUAUAGUCAAUCCAUGUCAACUUAUUUUAAAAGUUUUAUUAUAAUAUAUUAAAAUUUUUGUCAGUUUGUUCAUCACAUCAGCAGCUGUUGGCGUACAUUUUUACUUAACCAGGUGAGCGAUACAGGCCCCAUGGGUCUCUUGUUACUUAAUAUCAUACAUGUAAAUAGGACUUUCGAUCAGCUUAUAUUUUUAAACAUUACAAACAUCUAACAUAUCCUUACAAAAAAACCAGGCUCAACUCAUCAGAAAAAAAAAUCUAAAGCAAACGGAAACAGAGUUAUCUCCCUUCCUCUUCUGUAUGUCGGUUAUAUGAAGUUGUGAAUUGUCAGAUUCAGAAAUGGUUUCUUAGUCGAUUUUUAAUUCUUUGUUGAUAAAAAAUUGAAGUACUGUGAAAGUAUAAAGAGGACUGUUUAAGGAAAUUAAUAUAUUUAUUUUUUUGAUUAUUUGAAACUUAAUUGUUAGAUAUACUGGAAUUAGUGAAUCUAAUGACAAGCUAUUGUAAUUGGUUUUGAAAGGUCGGUCUGGACUAUACAAUAAUGUCAAGUAACACGUCAGAAUUGUUUCAUGUUCAGUUAUUAUGGGUUAGGGAAAUCCAGGAAUUUUAAGAAUGGGACCCAGUAGUAUAGUAGGUCGACAUUUUACUGAAAUAUGGGAAAAUGAUACAGUAUCAGUGUUUUUGGCAGUUCAAAUAAUGGGUUCAAUAUGAUAAUUUAAUAAACUCCGCAAAAAUUUCGUGUUUUAAAUAUUUUAUUCAUCAGCUGACUCAUUCCUACAGAGAACUCCUUUGGUUAUACUUUAAUUACACACACAAAGAUCACCUUAAAAAGGUUGUAAUAAGUUUUACAAAGAUUAUAAACAAUAGCAGAUUGGGAAAAAUUGAAAUUGGGACAGUACAGGGUCAGCUUUCGAUUUGGAAUAGGUUGUGAUGCUAGACCAAAUGCAUUGUAAAAUCUUAGUGAUUUAUGCUUGAUCAGAGAUAUACAUGUAUUGUCAUUGAUGAACAAAAAGGAUGUGCUAUCUUAUGUUAUUUAUCUACCAAAUAUACUUCAUAAUAUGUAGGUCCCCCUUGUGCUCAUUCUAUUUUGAGACUGAUAAGGGAAACAAAAUAGGCAACAGGUGGCCAUCAUCAGCUGUUGAAGUUUAUCAUCACUGUUUUUUGAGAAGUACUGAAAUAAUUAUUUAUCUCAGCAUAGCAUUUGAUUUUGAGACUGAUCAGAGAAACCAAAUGAGAAAAUUAGAGAAAAGAUCUUAUGAAACAGAUCAAAUAAGAUCGUUUAGUGGUGGGUGCCAAGAUCUAUCUCGGAUUUUCCUGAUUUCUUAAUUCACAUUGUGUGUGUCUUACAUUCGGGGUCGUAAGAAACAAAAAAAGUUAGGUAGUUAAGCAAUUUCUUCUUUAUAACCCAGAGGCCCAGGGUCAUGAUAUUGGGCUUCUACAGCAUGCUUGUAUGUAGAGCUUCCAAGUUUGUUCAAAUGACUUACCUUGACCUACUUUCAAGUUCAGAAGUUCAGAAGUCAAAUAUCAUUAAAGUCAUGUUAAAAUCUUUAAGCCUCCCUUUUCUGAGGCUUAGGAUGUUGAUAUUUGACCUGUAAUAUUCAAAUAAAUGGCCUUUAUCCAUUUACAAGGGCACACAAAAUGAAAUAUGUAAAUUUGUUUUGAUAACUUUAUAAAAUGACAGAGCCUUAGGGUAAUGAUAUUUGGUCAGUGACAUGCUGGAAACCAACUUCUAGGGUUAAUGCCAUGUGAGCAAUACAGGACCAUUGGGCCUCUUGUUAAUAAAUGGAAGAUCGGAAUUGUCAAUAAAAUAAUUUAUGCCAGAGACUACAUUUUGGUUCCUCAUAGACUAUAUAUUUAACCUUAUGAGUGAGUAAAACACCAAGUGGCUCGUUAAUUUUAGACAUAUUUUAUUGCUGAAGCAUGACAGCAAUAUUUGAAUGAUCCCGUUAUUCUCAACAUCCAUAAAUGUUUCAUCUUGCUAGUAGAUGAGUGAUGCUUAGUUUUGUUUCUUCAUACAUUACAUAAAGUUUGAAUAAUGUAGUACAGACAUUUUUGUUUGUUGUAAAGCAAUGUAUGCAUUCAUCUCUUAAAGAAUUAAACAUACAUUUUAGCAAAUGAUAAUUUUGUACAUGUACCUAUACAAUUUACUUAUGUAAUUGUGUACCAUUUCAUUCCUUGGUAAUUAACUGCCCUCCAAAAGUCCUAUCGAUACUUCUCAGACAAAAUAUUUGAAAGCUUCAUAAUAACUAACAUUCGUCAGCAUUGGAGUCAGUAGCGUUGUUAUGGGGUCCAUCAUUAUAACAGGUUAAUUUGACUUUGUUGUGCGGGUUAUGUUGGAGUUACACGUUAAGCAAGAUUUAAAAUGCAGUUAUGAAUCACGAAAAUCAAGGUCAUGACUAUAGCACUGUUCAGUCUAUGAAGUUUUUGUAACAUAUGGGACCCAUAAAGAAUGAAAUUGAUAUUGUUGAAGUUUUUCAAGAAGUGUUGCAUUGAAAGCUUCACUAUUAUAAAGUUGAGCCUUUGUAAGGAGUGAAAUUUAGAUAGAAAAACAUGUUUUCAUGCUUUGGUGAUCUGGAACUAUUACCUGAAUUUAAUCCAACUUAAUACCGGUAAUUAUAUAUGUAUAUAUAGGAGGAGGCAGGAUAUUUUUGGAAGCACAUUUUAUGUACUGUCAAGUUUAUGAACAUCUAAAACAUCAGUAGCUUUGAUUUAGCUAUGAAUUCCUUAAAGGGGCAUUCCUUCGUUCUCGCAUCAGAAACAUGCACAAUUUCUAUUGAUGAAAUCUACGUCAAAUCCAUGAUUAUACAGUAUUUGUGCCUAAAAGUACUGAAAUUAACACAGAAAUGUACAGGAAAAAGGCAUAUCAUAUAAAAUAAUGUAUGUUUAGUGAUACUUUGGGUCAAAUUUAAAAUUUUCAGGACUUAAUACUCAAAGAAUUUUGGUUAAUCUUGAGAGUAAAACUGCCUUACUAAUGUUAAGAUUAUAACAUUAACUAUUUGGAAAAAAAUACAUAUUUUCCAGUAAGUUUAAUUUUGACGACCUAAAGUUUAUUCAAACGAAGGAAUGCCCCUUUAAAAAGUCAAAUUGUGUCAAGAGGUUUUGGAGGGCAGUUUUGAAUAAGAGAGAUUUUGGUGUCAUUGUUUGAAUAAGUGAGUUAAAUCAUUUGACGAGUUCCGCUUCAUUUCCUGUGAAUAUCUGAAUACAAAUGUAUCUUCAGGUGAAUAAGUUGUUUUGUAAAUAUUCCCUGAAUGAAUGAUGGUUUACAAUGCCUCCACAACUCUGAUGGCAGACAGAGAUUCAAGAUUUUUAUGGUUCUAUGCAAUAAACAUAAAGUGCUCAAGUUGUGUAUGUGCUACACUGUAACUCACACGACCUUUAGAGAAGAACAUCAAGCAGUAGAACUGGGCUGGACUGAACUCCCGUGGCUAGGUAGCUCAAAUGGUUUAAAGUUUGGAGGUUCCAGGUUCGAGUCUCGGUCUAGUCGUUGCAUUUUUCCUCUCCUGUUACAUAUUUUCACCAUCAAUUUUCUGGUUGCUUGUCAAUAUGCUUACAGUUUAGAUUUGUUAUAUUAAAUUUCACUUCACUUUUCAAAUGUAAUGCAUACAAGUUGACACUAAAUAUUACAGAGCUA